CUUGCCCGUCAACAGACGGUGUCGCACCGUCAGUUUCUUCCGCCGCGCCUGAAAGGCGUUCAGUGUCGAGCCGAAGAAACGCGCGCUUCUUCUACACUGUCCGUUCGUAUUUUUUUUUUUUUUUUAAUUUUUUCACCACCAAGCGGAUAGGUGACGCGCGUCGAGUGUGUGCGAGAAACGGGGAAGGAAGAGAGGAACCGUGACAGAGAAAGGGGAAAGAGAAUGUAAUCGAACCGACACGAGAGCGUAGCCGUCAGUCAGCCGGUUAUUUCACGCAUACACGUACGGGUAAGGCGAGCGAGACACCUUGCAGAAAUUUCGUUCGAGGAGCGUGGUACGCCCAUGUGUGCUCGGAUACACGCGCGACUCGAGCGUGUAGCUGUGUGUAUACACGCGCGAGCCGUCAUCGUACACGACCGUUCAUGGUUACUGCACGUCACAGACACAUUGCGUUUCAUCCGGAACCUUGGACGCUCUCGUAUAAACUAUGUAUCAGUAGGGAAAUUUACGUAGGAUCACGGACGUCAGAUACCGUGUAGUACGGACGUAAUUAACGACGUAACGGUUCAUAGACCUCCCGGAUAUAAGAAAUCUGAUGUAUAUGUAUAAAAAAAAAAAAAAAAUGCUUCGAUUUCCAGGCGAACGAAACGAGUUUGAACUUUGCUACGGAAGGUGAUACGCUCACUCGAUCGACUCGAUCGUUUCGUUCGUCUCCCGUAUUGGAACGAACAAUUCAUAUAGUCGUUCGUACAGAAUAAAUUAAUUAGAUUCCUUCCAGCUAGAUAACCAUUAACAUCAAACAACAUCCACUCGCGCGCAUGUUCGCCAGUUAGUCACGGCCCUCUAUCCGUGCGAUAUCUUUUUCCCUUUCACUUUUCUUCCUUCGUUCUUCUUCUCCUCUCUCUUUGCGUAACCUUUCCAUCUCCCUUUCAUUUCCCACCGCUUCCUCUCUCCGCCCAUCCCCGCCGUCCCUUUCCUUCCUUCCCGUCUUUCUGCUUCUCCACCGCCUCCUGUUUUCCUUUCUUUCCCGUUGCGUUUACGUUACCGCUCAUGCGUGCUGACCCACGCGAGCAUUGUGUAUGUCCCUUCGGUUUCUUUCAUUCGUCUCGUCUUUCGUUUUACGCGCUACAUCGCUACGUAUCCCAAGAUAUACGUACACGAUGCAUAUCGCAGCUCCGUACGCAACGGUUAACCACACAGGCGACGAUUUGCUAAUUAGCGGGCACGAUUAAGAGGGGACUUGGUGAGAGAGGAGCACGAGCGAGAGAUUAAUAAUCGCAGAGCCAAAAGAUUUUUGAGGUCAAGGGAACGAUAAUGAUGAGGCUAGUGCAUAACCUUCGACGAUAUGGAUUCGAACAUCGCGAGAUUUCGGCCUCCGAAUUGGUCCUUUCGCCCCUUUUACCGUCCUCUAUAUCAGCAAUCCACCAACGACCGCUUUAUCUAUUUUAACCCUCAUUUUCUCUCUUCAUUUCUCCUCCUUUCCCGACUUUUGACCUUCUCGCCUCGGAGGGGACUCGAGUCCGCGUGGAAAACAGCCACCACGGAUAAUUACGCUCGUUAGCGACGCGGAAAUACCGCAAUUGCCAUUUCUUCACGGAGAUUCUCUGGAUUGUUAAUCGUCUCUCGAUCGCGUCAACAUUUAUCGCGACUAUUUUCUCCCCGCUGCUGCUACUUUUUUACAUUUUCCCAACCCGUUCAACCGUUGGAUAUCGAGCGUGUCUGUUAACUUUUUCGAUUGAACGUAAAUGCGUUAUAUCGUUGACGUAAGAUGAUCGAUGAGGUUGACAAGUUCUUGCGGAUGAUUUAUACGAUGACGCUGAGUUUCGAUGAAAAAAAAGAAAAAUUAAACGGAGAUAAGUUGCAAAUAAAUUAUAUACGCGCGUGUUUGAAUAAUUCGCCGACGAGGAAAGUUAUACUCGAGAGAUGUAUAUUGAAUCAAUCGUAAAAAUAAAAUUUACUUAUUACGUUACGAUCUAAUUCUUUCGAUGAAAUGUUUCCGUUCUUUUUUUUUUUUUUAACGAAUUAAAAAUUAUCCACGAUCACGAGGGGAAGGAAAAUAUAAAGAUAAAUUCGUCGAAAUUGUUAUCCAAAUUAGAAAUUCAAAUCAAAAUGGGCGAAGGGAUUCAUCCAAAUCAGAGAGUUUACAACGGGUAGGACCUGCGAAACGUGUAAUAACCUCGUCUUUUCCUAUUGGCGUUAUUGCUCAAUACGGGUCACGACCCUCAUUUAUUUCUUAUUCUUCUCGAAGAGGCCGGCGAGCGCAUUAAGCGAUUGAGCGGUCAAUGUCGCGGCGUGCUCGUCGUCGCCGUCGUCGUUGUCGUCGUCGGCCUUCAAAAGCCUGUGCCGGAAGUCGUGUAAUUAUCCGACCCAUCGCCCGCGUAAUCGAGCCACUUGCCUAUUAAUCUAACGCGUGAACAAAUUCUCGCUGACCUGCCCCUCUAACGCUCGCUCUGAAUCCGCGCAAGUAGCCAAGGUAUUCAUCCACUGUGCAAAUAUUUUUCCAACAACGUCCCAUUUAUGCGUGUAUCAAAGUGCAAAUGUUUGCCUUGUAUUUACGACCGCGGCGCGAGCAUAUGCGCGCGUGUAACGCUGCCUAUUCCACCAGAGAUAAUGCGUAUCGUGUAAUGUUUGUAAAAAGUUCCUCUUCGUUGAAAAACACGCGCGUGCGGGAUACAGGGUGGCAGAGGAGGUGUCUCGUCGUGUCGUCGGACUGGGCGGACUUGUUCUGCCCGAUUUUCGAUAUUAUUUUAUUGCUAGAUUAUCUGUGGAGCGAUAAUUUCAUUCAUCUCGAGAGGUUGAACACAGGGUGAAGAUAUUACGCGGUGAAGCGGAGAGCUAAGAGAUGUGCAAGCCAGCGAGGAAGAAACGUUCUUAACGUUCGAUUUGGACGACGAGCGGGUGACGCGUGAUAGCGUCCCUUGAUACGGUCGAAUCGGUGUGAAGAGAGAGAUUGAGAGAGUGAGAGAGAGAGAGAGAGAUGACGAAAAGAUUCGAGUUCAAUUGGCAGAUCGAGGUACCCUUAGCCCUCCGUCAGGGAUGCAUGUUCGAUCGGUGGUCGGAAGAGAAGGACAACACGGAGCUCGAGCUGAAUUGCAUGUUCAAGGUCGACGAAUAUGGGUUCUUCAUCUACUGGCAGAGCGAAGGAAGGGACGGGGACGUGAUAGAGCUGUGUCAAGUGAGCGAUAUACGCGCCGGCGGAUUACCAAAGGACCCGAAGCUGUACGACAAGCUUGUGACAAAGCACGGGGAGCAAUUAGAGGAGAAAUGUUUAACCAUCUGUUCGGGCGUAGAUUAUACCAAUAUUAAUUACCAGCAUGUCGUUUGCCCGGAUUCAGCUACGGCCAAGAUAUGGCUGGAUGGCAUACGAUCGAUUACGCACAACGUGAAAGCCAACAACGUUUGCCCGCUUACGUGCUUGAAGAAACAUUGGAUGAGGCUUAGAAUGCUGAUCGAUCCGAAUGGAAAAGUUCCGGUGAAAGUGGUCGCGAGAACUUUCGCAUCUGGGAAAACGGAAAAGCUUGUUUAUCAGUGCCUCGCCGAUUUAGGUCUAUCCAGCGGAAAGAACGAUGUGAUCGAGCCUGAAGACUUCACCUUCGACGCUUUCUACGCGUUAUACCACAAAAUCUGCCCUCGAAACGACAUAGAGGAAUUGUUCCAGUCCAUCACCCAGGGCAAAGCGGACACGAUCAAUCUCGAUCAAUUGGUCAUGUUUCUGAACGAGAAGCAACGAGAUCCAACGUUGAACGAGAUCUUGUACCCGUUGUACGACGAGAAGAGGGCGUUGGAGAUCAUAAAUGAUUACGAGCAGAACGAGAUAGCGAGGAAUCAAAAAACGAUGACGAAGGACGGUUUCAUAAGGUACCUGAUGUCAGACGAAAAUGCCCCCGUAUUCCUGGACAGGCUGGACGUUUACAUGGACAUGGAUCAACCGCUUGCGCAUUAUUACAUCAACUCGAGCCACAACACGUAUCUGUGCGGCCGUCAAUUCGGCGGGAAGAGCAGCGUCGAGAUGUACAGACAGGUGUUGUUGGCCGGUUGCAGGUGCGUCGAGUUGGAUUGUUGGGAUGGAAAAGGGGAGGACGAGGAGCCGAUAAUUACGCAUGGCAAAGCUAUGUGCACGGACAUUCUCUUCAAGGACGUGAUUUACGCGGUGAGGGACACAGCGUUCGUCACGUCGGAAUAUCCGGUCAUUCUUAGCUUCGAGAACCAUUGCAGCAAGAAGCAGCAAUACAAAUUGGCCAAAUACUGCGACGAAAUUCUGGGCGAUCUGCUUCUCAAGGAACCGCUCAAAGACUAUCCACUGGAGCCAGGAGUACCUCUGCCGUCGCCCAAUUUGCUCAAACGUAAGAUUCUGAUAAAGAACAAACGUUUGAAACCCGAAGUGGAGAAGCACGAGUUGGAACUGUUUCGGCAAGGCCAAUUCGUCAUCGAGGACGAGGUCAAGGAAGACGCGAGCGCGCCUCCCUCUGUCGCUGUUGUCGUUGAACAACAAUCGGUAAAGGAAGAGGUUUCGACGACCGAGUCAGUCGCAUCGUCGACGACCGGCAACCAGCAACAGUCGAGCUCGAGCACGGGAUUAGGCGAAACUCUGGACAUACCCGUUCCACCGUAUACGGGGAGCACGACAAACGUCCAUCCAUGGUUGUCCUCGAUGGUCAACUACGCGCAGCCCAUCAAGUUCCCAGGCUUCGAUGUUGCCGAACAAAAGAAUAUUCAUCACAAUAUGUCUUCCUUCGCGGAAACCGCUGGCCUCAAUUACUUGAAGACCCAAGCGAUCGAGUUCGUCAAUUACAACAAGCGGCAAAUGAGCCGGAUUUAUCCGAAAGGCACCCGAGCGGAUUCAUCGAAUUACAUGCCACAGGUCUUCUGGAACGCUGGUUGUCAAAUGGUGUCGUUGAAUUUCCAAACCGCGGACCUGCCCAUGCAACUGAAUCAGGGCAAGUUCGAAUACAACGGUUCCUCCGGCUACCUACUCAAACCUGACUUCAUGAGACGUGCCGAUCGAAGCUUCGACCCGUUCGCGGAGAGCCCUGUGGACGGUGUAAUCGCCACCCAAUGCAGCGUUCAGGUGAUCGCUGGCCAAUUUUUAUCCGACAAGAAGGUCGGCACUUACGUGGAGGUGGAAAUGUACGGUCUGCCUACGGACACGAUCAGGAAAGAAUUUCGGACCAGGGUGGUUCCAGCGAACGGCCUGAAUCCCGUUUACAACGAGGAGCCUUUCCUGUUUCGAAAAGUCGUGCUGCCGGAUCUGGCCGCCCUCAGAUUCGCGGUUUACGACGAGUCGAACGGGAAGCUGUUGGGCCAGAGGAUCGUCCCCUUAGACGGUCUACAGUCAGGAUACAGGCACAUAUCCCUGAGAACAGAGGCGAACUUCCCCAUGUCCCUGCCUAUGCUGUUCUGCAACAUAGAGAUCAAGAUUUACGUGCCGGACGGGUACGAGGGGCUUAUGGACGCGCUCACGGCGCCACGGGCCUACAAGAAGUCGGAGAACGCGUCUCAGAAUAAGAUGCGUGGGCUUGGGAUAGAGGAGAGCGACAGCAAAGGGCACUGUGAUUCCGCGCCCGCUCAUCAUCGGGAAGCGCCUAAACCUCGAGAGGAAAUGAAAUUCAAUCCCAUAACGGCUGAAUCGUUGAGGCAAGAGAAGGGGUAUCAGAAAGUGUUGAGAAAGCAGCAGAAGGAUUUGGAGUCUUUGAAGAAGAGGCAUCAAAAGGAGAAACUUACCGUCCAGAAACAACAUUGCACAGCGAUAGAGAAGAUUAUCAAAGGAAAAAACAAAGCAGAGCUGUCGAGAGAUCCGAUCGUUCGUCGAGAAGUUUCCGAGCAAACGGUUCAAUGGUCUCGAUUGGCGGAUAGGCAACGUCGAGAGGAACGUGACCUGAUACGUUCACAUUUAGAGGAGCGGAGGAACACUCUGAGAAAAUUGUGUGUGGCUGCUCAGUUGGCUCAGCAGAAACAGCUGACGGCGCGGCACGAGCGCGAGAUCAAAGAAAUGAACGCGAGGCAGGCAAGGCUGUCCGUGGAGAGCACGAGGGAGGUGAUGAACGAUAAAACUUUGAAGACCCGGGGGAUAAAGGAGGGCCGGCUUAGGGAGAAGCAGCAGAACAAUACGAAAAAAUUCAUGGAGGAGAGGAGAAUCGCACAAAUGAUUCAGAACAGGGAGAAGGAGAAGCUGAAAGUAAUCCAUGAGAAGCAAUUGGAGGAAUUGCAAAAAGACAUGAAUGCGGUAAUGGAUAUGUACAACAACGAGGAAAUGGAGUACGAGUUGGGCCCUAAAACCGAAUGCUACGUGUGAUGGCCGAUCGACGGAUAAUCUGGCAAAAUUCUCACGAACCCGAGGUGCUGCUGCGAUUUAUAGAAUCCGCUCCUAUCGUUAAUUACAACUGGAAUUGGGAUCAAGCCUCGUUCUCAAAAACUUUUUGGGAACCAGAAGCAACCAGACAAGCCGCGUUAAUCGUAUUCUAGUUCAUUCUCCUGAAUAUUUUUUUAUAAAAAAGAAGAAAAGAAGAAGAAGAAGAAGAAGAAAAAGCAUCUUGUCACUUCAUAUUCUCUGUCGUCGCACGAGCAAGUACCUAGACUAAAUAAGGGAGUCAAUAAAAAAACUAAAGUGAUCUAGUCAAGUUCUUACAUAUUAAUAAGUAUAUAUAUUAUAUAUAUAUUUAUUAUAUAUAUAUAUACAUAAAAUAUAAAAUGAGAAACGGAUCACGAGGUUCGAGCGUGCCGAGUGAUUCGUCGAUUUCAAUAUUUUUCGAUUGUUAAACGCUAUUACCGAAUUCUAUCGUACCGUGAUGCGUGAGAAUAAAGAGCGACUACAAAGAGCGUAUGUAUUUCAUGCCUAAAAAAAAAAAAAAAAAAAAAAAUGCCAAAAGGAAUUUGUCGUGAUGAUUCUACGUCGUUUUUUCUUUUUUUUUUUUCCUUCUUUUUUUUUUACGGCCGAAUAGAGCGAAUUAUGGAGAACACCGGCCGCCAUUAGAGAUAACUUCGAUCAUGGAAUGAUCUACAGAUCGAGAAGUCACCCGUUUCGAGGAUUCGUUCUUUUUUCUCCCGUCUCGAAACGGUACCCUCGCAUCGAAUGGUCCAAAGUCGUAAAAAAAAGAAAGAAAAAAAAGAAAAUAAAAAAAAAAACAUCGUGAGCCCAAAAAAAAAACAAAGCAUUGUAAAUAUAAAGUGUAAAUGAGAUUCGAAGAGAAAGGGGAGCCUAGCGUUAAUCAUUAUCACGUCGUUGUUUUCUUUCUUAAUAACGUUAUUUACACAAAUUAUUAUAUUAACUUAUAUUAUAACGAUAUAACGUUCAAUAUAUAUUAUAUAUAUAUUGAAUUAUAAAGGAGUAAAGAGAAGAGGAGAAAUAAAGAGAUUGCUAGCUCUA